AUGGUCGCCGCUUUCAUACCACUUCCGACCAACCGAAAUCUCGAGGAAAAGAACUUCCCUAGCACAAGCCAUAUCGACCUCACCGAGGAUGACGGCGCCAGCCCAUCCCAACUUGCCAAGGAGGUUGCUCUCUAUAACCGCGCAAAAUGGUGGCGAGAUCUUAACCGUGCCAUGGCUGUUAUUGGACUCUUAAUCAUUGGCGCAUUUGCAGUUCUGAUUGCGCUUGGCGUUAAGCAACGAUGGAGAUGA